CAGUACACCUGGAAAUGCUUAUAAAUUGUUUCAGCACAGUUUGAACAUUGCGAUGUGUUGUAAGUCAGUAAAACAAUUCAGAGCAUCUAUCCUACAUAUUAUCCAGCCAUGGCUUCUUCAAAGCCAUACAUUGGUUGUAGAAUAGGGUUGCUUUCAAAGGCCCAAAAUCGUUAUGAGGGGAUUUUGUACACAAUUGAUAAAAAUAACUCCACAGUUGUACUGGCACAAGUAAAGUGUUUUGGAACUGAGGGACGUCCUACUGACAGACCAACGUCACCCAAAGAUGAUGUAUAUGAGUAUAUAACUUUCCGUGGAAGUGACAUCAAGGAUAUCACACUAUGUGAAUCUGCAAGGUCUCACCAUGGCCUCCCUCCAGAUCCAGCAAUCAUACAAUCAUCCAGUUCAAGCUCAGGCAUCUACUCAGGUCUUGGACCGUUUAGCCCUGUAGGGAUGCCUGCCUAUAAUCCGCUUGCUGCCAGCUCCCUACUUAACCAGCAGUAUGCUGCUGCUCUUGGCUUGGGACCUCUACUUUCAGAUCUGCAUAUUAGACGAGGCCCCAUGGUAGAGAAGGCUGUUCAAACCAUCCAAGUAGAAAGACCCAGGCAGAAGAGGGGUUUGAAUGCUUCCCAGGACAGACAGUGGACCAGGAGGAGGCCCCGGAGGACCAGGAGGGAGAAUUCCCAGCCUCGAAGGGAGCCUGGGGCCACCAGGAUUUUAGGCUCUGGUGUGAGCUCUAAUCGACAGGAUGUGCAGCAUCCGAACACUGACCGUCCACCACCCAGAAGAAGGCAAGCACCUCGAAAGCGUCGUGGUAGAGGGCAGCUAAUGGUUGCUAAUGUUCCAUCUCCUAUCCUCAAGUUUGACACAGACUUUGACUUUGAUUCAUCCAACGCACAGUUCAUCAAAGAGGAGCUUGAGAGGGAAGUGCAGGAAAGGAGGAACACAAAAGUAAAUUCGUUUGAUGCAGAUGAAGAUAUCGAGAAGGCGAAAGAGAGGAUUUGCUCAUCUGCAGAGUAUGAGGAUUUUGGCCAGAAGUGCUACUAUGACAAGGCAAAGUCUUUUUUUGACAAUGUCUCCUCUGAUAACGGGCUUAGUUUUAGAUUAACAUGGGCAGAGGAACGGAAGCGCAAUCUGGAGACUUUUGGAGUGACUGGCCGGUUCUUGAGAAGCCAAGGCUUUAGAGGCCGAUUUACCAGAGGGCGAGGAGCUGCUCAGAUUCUUCCUUCAGACAGGAUCCAGAGAGGACUAGUGUGAAGAAUGGGGAAAACCUACCCUGGAAUAUUUACUUUGUUCAUUGAGAUGAACAGAAGCAUGAUAGCCUAGAUGCUGAUCCUUUUUUUUUUUUUUUUUUUUUUUCCUUAAAUUUCUUUCUCGUUUUUGCAUUUUUAAUUUUGAAAAUAUUUUUUUUUGGGGGGGGGUUGAAAAGAAUUUCUUUUUUCCUUAGAUGCGGACAAUGUACUAAGAUUUUUUUUUUUUUUCCGAUGUUUGGGGCUUAACCAACUUAACUGAUUUUGCCCUUUUUUUUUGAAAUUUUAAUUUGAGCACUCAUUUAGUUUGCAAAUACUGUAAAUAUAAACACAAAAUGAACUAAAUCUGUACUCAAAAUUGUAUGUUGCCUUAUUUCUGAAAUUGACAAACUAGAUUAACUCUUGCUGGUGAGCCUGUCUGUACGACAGUACAUCUCAAUGUCAAUGGUUUUAUUUCCCCCUCUUUUUAUUACGGUUUGUUUUUUAUUUUUGGGCUCAUUAGAUAUCUGGUUUAACCUCCUGAGACCCAGGGGAAAAAAAAGUUUAGUAUUAUGGAUUUUUCUUAUAAGCUGAGUGUUGGGGUGGUAAAGAACACACUGCUAAGCUAUAUUAUUAAUUUUAAUAACAUUUUACAACAUGUGCACUGUGGGACACAACAGGACUUCACUGAUGGUGAGCAUUGGACAUUAACCAAAUGAAGCCAGCUAUGGAAAGCUCCACUGAAAUCUCAGAAAAUGUGUUAACAAGUUGCACAGAAAAGCAUCUAACGGCUCCAUCAGUUUCAUUGAACACUCCAAAAUGAUGAUGCAAUAUUGGGUGUCCUCAAAUUUCUUCAUUAAUUCAGUCUGUCCUGUCUUCCACCAUCUAAGUGUGAUUUGGCUCAUCAACCAUAAACGGGAGACGUCAAGACUGCAACAAACAAUCAGGUCAUCUACAGGGCUGACCUUCCCUCUGUCCAGGACCUAUACAGGGCUAGCAUCAAGGAAAAAGCUCCUAAAAUCUCUGCAGACCCAACACACCCUGCAAACAAACUUCUACUGUAAAGUCUGCGCUACUGAGCACUGACUGCAAAAACCAGUUGGCACAGAGACCGUUUCUUUCCCUAGGCUGUUGUCUGAACACUUGAUUGUCAUAUUCCCAGAAUCAACACUAUGCAUACUUUGACUGAUUUCACAUUAUCUUAUCUUAAAAGAAAUCUUCACUGGGAGCAAAGUGUACUGUAAUCAAAUUCCUUGUUUGCUGUGUGCACAAACUUGGCAAUAAAGCUGAUUCUUCUGAGUCUUCCUCAAAAGUUAAA